AUUUCAAAAACAAAAGCUAUUAUGGUUGUAAAAUGUCAAAAUGUCCAGUGCUAUGCAAUUCAUGACGAAAUUUUCGCAACCGUAACGAAAUUAUCUUAUCGGAAUUAAAACAACAGCAUUACAACAAUACUCUUUAUUAAUAACAAUUGUUGCUUAUCGAGUGACGUUCCGUUCGCACGCGUAAGAUCCGUCGAUACCUAUGUGUUGUAUGUUCAAUAAUAUUUAUUCAGUUGUAACAAAUCGUAGUUUUACGUCACUGUAAAUAAUUUGGCUGUGUUCCUCUGUUUGUUGACUCACAAUAACUUCAGAACUUGCGUUGGCAACAAGCUUUUGAGUGACCUUGAAAACAACAGCUGUUUACAGCCAUGGAUUCCUUCUUCAGUCUGUUUGACCCGUCAGAGGGCAAUCAAAACAAGCAGAAGAACAAAAAGAGGCACAAACCGGAACAGGAUACGGUUAAGAAAAAACCUGACGCGCCUAAAGGACGCCGAAGAGGCCGCAAAUCUAACGUGAAGAAUGAGACGCUCCCUGAAGAGUCGUCGUUCCUCUGCGAGCCGGAUCUCAGCACUGAUCUCCUAGUUAAGGAUGUUAGCUAUAUCGAACACUUCAUAGAAGUUAAUAGGAAAGAUGAUGACAACAAAAAUGAACUAGACAAGAAACCGAAACGCCGAAACUCAAGUCGCAAAUGCCGUAGAAAAAAGAACAAAAUAUCACCUUCUAAGGAUGUACCCACAACAGCUUGGAGUCACGAUGUUAACGAAAACGAAACCAAAAACUGGAAUAACCAGUUAUCCGUCCAAAAGAUAUGCGACGAAAACAUAGGAAAGAACGUUAACGAUCUGAAGAACGUUAAUAACGUUAUUCGGAACGACAGUUCUUUGGAACGGUUUAAGGAUAGAGAGGUGUAUAACGUGAUUGAUAAGCUUGAAAAGGUUAUUUUGAAAGAUGACAUGUAUCUCGCUGGUGAUUUUGAUACGAAUGAUCUGGAAAAUGAUAUUUUUUAUAGUUCCGAUGAUAUGGAGGAGUAUGUUGAUGAUUCAACAUCAGACCCCGAUGACUCAGGGGAUGAGGUAUACGGCAGUCUACCUCCCGAGCCUAGGUUCGGUAACGUGGAGUACAAACUACAACUAGUUUCACUAUGCGAAAGGAGGUUCCAACAUUUAGUAACGCAGUUAAAAUGGCGUCUCCGCUCCGGCGGCGGUAGCGCAGUCUACGUCCUCGGAGUCCGAGACUGCGGCGCCCUCGUAGGGCUCCACGCGCGAGCCCUGCGCGGCUCCCUCGUCUCCCUGCGCCGCAUGGCCCACGCGCUCGGAGCUACCUUAGCUCACGUUACUGCUAGGAGAGUCGCUUCGCAUCGCGCUGUCGCUGAGGUCUAUGUUAGAAAGUUACCAGAUCCCAAACAGAGUGUUGAGCUAAGAGUGGCCGUGAUGGGAGCCAACGAGGCUGGCAAGUCUACCCUCAUUGGUGUACUUACUCAAGGAGAACUGGACAACGGUCGAGGCAGCGCUCGUCUGAACAUGUUCCGUCAUCUACACGAGGUCAAGUCAGGCAGGACUUCUUCGCUCAGCCAUGAGAUACUAGGCUUUGAUGCACAGGGCAACGUAGUAAACUACGGCUGUUCAGAACUGAUGACAGCGGAACGCAUAGGCGAGAGAAGUGCCAAACUAGUGUCAUUCCUAGACCUAGCGGGACACAGCAAGUACCAGCGGACUACACUGCACGGCCUCACCGGGUACUCCCCGCACUAUGCUAUGUUGGUGAUCUCAGCAACAGCCGGCAUAACCCCCAUCACAGAGGAACACAUAAGUCUACUAUCGGCUUUAGAGUUGCCAUUCUUCGUGGUCAUCAGCAAGUGCGAGCUCGCCGCCUGCGCCGUGCGCGACCUCGUAGCAACGUUACAGCAUCUUCUUGGUACUGCUAAUAAGAAACCCUUACUAAUAACCGAUGAGAACUUGGCCAGAAACUGCGUGGCGCCGCAGAAACUCAUCAUUGAUUCGAUCGACGAUACCAAGGAACAAGUAGACGUGGAAUCAGAAAUAAUACCAGUUUUUCCCGUAAGCUGCGUCAGAGGGAACGGUUUGAGCGCUCUACACGCGUACUUGUUAGCUCUGCGCCCGCCACAGACACAAGCCGCGCAUAGACCUGACGAUGAAACGUGCGAGUUUCAAAUAGACGAGAUAUUCCACGUGGGAGAUAACUCUGGACCGGUCGUUGGCGGAUUGCUCGCGAAAGGACAACUAUAUGAAGGAGACACUGUUAUUAUUGGACCUCUAGAAGACGGUUCCUUCACCCGAAGCCGGGUUCGAAGCAUCCACAGGAACCGAGCCCCCUGUGGGUCUGUCCGCGCCGGGCAGUGCGCGAGCGUCGGGCUGUCGGCCUGCGCCCCCCGCCCCGGACAUGUGUUACUGGCGCCUCCGCCCUCUGCGUCAUGUCCGCCUGCCUUCACUAACUGCCGUCCUGGGGCUUGUAAGGCGAAACAAAUCCAAGAAAACUUAGCAGAGCAGACGAAAAAUCGCAAAAAUGUUCGCAGAAAAAACAAGAACCUUCUACAAGACUUGAAGACUGCUGAAGAAUGUCUCACCAAAGACAUGGAUGAUAUCGAAACUAAUAUAUUUGAUGAUGAUGAUGAAGAUGAUGAACAAAUUGAUGAAGAGACGAAGAGACAAAUUGAUGAUGACUGUAUAUGUAACGAUAAGGUGAUCUUGGAAGACCCUAAUAAUCCGAGAGGGUGUAUUUAUUUUCAGGCAUCAGUGCAAGUGUUAAGACACUCCACAGUGAUAUACCCCGGGUUUCAAUGCACGGUGCAUGUCGGCAAUGUCAGGCAGACCGCUAUUAUUGAGGGUAUAAUGUCUCUACACAACGUGCUCCGCGCGGACGAGACCGCGUCAGUUCUGUUCCGCUUCGUGCGCUGUCCGGAGUACCUCGUGAGGGGGAGGCGACUACUCUUCACUGCCGGCCUGGGAACUAGGGGCAUCGGACGCAUCACUCAAGUAUUCCCAUAUGUACCUUGAACAAAAUCCAAUCAUUUACGGUCCAGCAUCUAUAUUUCUAUCAAAGAUUUACUAAUUUAGAAGUAGAUCUGUUUUUUUAACUAAAUAGUUUUUUUAAUUAGAAAAGUACACUUUUUUUGGUGUCUUGAAAGUGUAGGGAAAUAUUUAAAUAAUUCUUCGGUGUUUGACAAACUAUACUUUUUAGUAAAAUUGUCGGCUAAGUAAAAUAAAGGAAGAUUUUUAAGUCAUUGUCGAAUUUCAAAUACUAUUCUUUUUCAUGAAAAUAGUAAUUAAAAUUGUUCAAUUUCAGCCAACUUCGAAAAAGAGGAGGUUCUCAUUUUUUCUAUAUUUUUUUAAAUAAUAAUAAGUAGCACAAAAUGGUUUUGGAUUUUUGUUUAAAUAAAUCGUUUAGUACUUACUUAAAAUUAAUAUAAUAAUAAGUAUUAUUUUAACUAAUUUCUAAAAACACAAGGUGAUUUCAAAAAUCUUCCUUUAGACAGAAAAUAACUAUUUUUGACUAACUAAAUAACUUGAUUAUUUAAUAAACUAUAAAUAAAUAUGACUGGAUAAAUAAAUUGUCUCGACAAAUUAUCAUCCGCCUAGCCAUUUCUUUGAAACCCAUCCUUGUUAUAUCAAAAGUAUUAAUACUAAUUUUGUAAAACUUUCUCAGCUGAAUAUUAAGAUUAAAUUCACUACUACUAUAAUCAUCGUCACGAAUCUUGAGCGCUGACCUUCACCUGCGCAGAAGUAAUUUAUUGGGUCCCUUUUGUGGUAUGAAGUGAGGCGCGGGAGCGGGCUAAAGCGGUGAUUGGCCCGCAGCGCAUCGCGUCAUAGCCGUCACUCGGGAUUGGUUCUUUCGAUCCCCAGUCUUCCGCUGAGCACUCAAGAUCCGUGCCGGUAUCUGUACUACUUUUAUGUACUACUGCUAUGUUACCAACGCCUUCCUCUCUUCUAACUAUUUUGCUGUGCCCAUCAGGGUCCAUAAUUGUGACUACCUCUAUUAAUUUUCCACCUAAAGUACAGUCAACUGCAGGUCAGUGGUAACAGUUGUAUAGGUAAAUCGUACUUAUUACUGUUGAGUUAAGGUGCAUGACAGUUACCACUGAUGUGCAGUUUACUGUACAUUAUGAAAUGCAAUAAAUGAUACGAAAAAUUUUGUGUAACGUUAGACAUGGGUAUAGGCUACUUCUUAUCCAAAUGCGGGAAGUUGUUUCCUCGGAACGCGGGUGAAACCGCGGGCAACAGUUAAUGUAGUAAAUAUUAUUCUUCCAUCAAUGUAUGUUUUACUUAAAUUAUAUAGUAGGUUGAAUAUUUUCUCGGUGUUAAAUUGCCAAGCGUUUUUUUUUAUUAUUUUUAAUAAUAUGUAUGAAAAUACAAAAUUAAGUACAAUAUAAUAAUGCUUUAAUAGUUUGUUAAAUUCGCGUCUUUUGAACUUUAAUUUUGUCCUAAAAACAAUUUGUUUAUAUUUUUUAAGUAGAUAAAAAAAAUGUACCACACAGAUUUCCUAUGUAAUAGGGUAUUACAUGCAUUUUUGAAAUAUAUCUUAAAUAAAUUCUUUAGUCUUAAUAUAUCUCUAAAAAAUUAAAAAUAAUUUUUUUUCUCACGUUAUGUACGAAUAUAAAUUAAUUGUUUUAUCAUUAUUUCAAAUUUCGCGCGUAUUUCGCGAAAACGCGGCACACAACGGACGCCAUGAUUGUUUUUUGGUCAUGACGUCAUUACGUUAGCAAGCAAACUACAGCUGUCAGUAAUACAUAAUAUUUUGAUAUGUAUUGAAAAUUUUAAUAAUGAGUAAUUAUGCUCCGUAUCGUUGGUGUGUUGUUUCUGAAUGUGAGAACACUAGUGUAAAAACACCAGACAAAUUAUGGAUUCAAGUACCAGUGGAUAUAAAUAUGAGAAACACUUGGUUAAAAGUUGUUUACUACAAUAAUGACGUCAUUAGCAUGGCGGCGACAUUUCGUAGUGUUCAAAGACAGAUAAAAAAACCUAAAAACUUUAAACUGCAAUAAAAAAUAUAUUUAUGUACCUUACGAAGUGAAACUAACAUUUCCCGAUUGCUUUUCCUCUAAACAAUCAUUGUAAUACACUUUUAAUUUUUUUCUCAUCUAGACUAAAAUACCCUAUUGAAUAUGAAAAUAUUUUGACUAGAAUUCUAGUAGCAUACAUUUGAUAUUGUCAGAAUUCUUUAACUGUGGAUUUCAAUAUUUGAUCUAUCCCCCGUUUUGCGGUAGGAGAUUGAAUUUAAUUUAUAUGAAUCGAAUGUCAAAAUGAUUAACAAAAUUUUGAUUUGAUUGAUUGAUUAACAAAAGAUAAAAGAAUUAGUAAAAGAUUUUUACUAUUAGAAAAUUAUAUUUUAAUUAUUGUUGUCCAUCUUUAAAAAUGAUUUCCUUUUCUAAAUACAUCGAAAAUACAUACUUUUUCUAUUGUAAUGAAAAUACAAAGUGAAUACCAUGUAUUAAAAAAACAUCGGCCUCAGUCUGUUUGCUAAACUAAACUCAAAAACUGCUGAAAUGUUUUUCAUGCGGUUUUCAGCAAAUGACAGAGCAAAUUAUAAAGAAAGUGGAGGCUUUUUAUUUUAUGUAAGUAUAUAUAUGUCACUUUAUAUAACCGAAUUCUGUGAUUUUUUUAAUGUAUAAACUUUUCAUCAUUUGUUAAUUUCUCUAUAGAAUCGAUCUAAGCGGAAUUGAAAAGUUUUUAAACAACUAUAGGUACCCUAUUCUUGGAGCCAUGAGCCAAAAGGUAAACAAACUAUAAAAAGGGUUCUUUGUAAGUCACGAUUGAAGUAAUGAUCAUAUUUUAUAAAAAUAACUACGGAAGUAAUACACUGACAACAUUAGAAAUGAUAUUUUAGAACGAUAUCUGUAAAACUUCAGACUUAUUUAAAAUCAAAUAUAGUAAAUGCCGUAAAUUAUUUUCUUAAUUUUACAUAAAUAUGCAGGUCGCCUCCAACAGGUAUCUGUGGAGAUCUAAGGGGGAGGCCUAUGUUCAGCAGUAGACGUCCUAUGCCUGAGAUGAUAAUGAUGAAUCAAAUAUGUAUAAAAUCGUUUACAUGUAAAAGAACCUGACUGAGUUUCUGACUUGACUGUCAAACUUAGAACCCUACUAAAUUGUAGAGCACAGAUACUGCGAACAUUUUACAUAAAAAUGUGACUUUUUGUCAUCGGUCGGGUUAUACCCGCCAUCUUGAAAAAGUGUCAUUGUUUGUUUACAUUUUGGCUCACGGCUCAUUGAAUAGGGUAUAAUUACGAAAUUCUAUUGGUUUAGAAGUUUUGGCCUUAUAAUGUCUAUGGUAUUUUCAGUCAAGCCACAGAUCAUAAUAAUAUAGUCAAUGUGCAAAAAACAAUGGAUAAAUGUUUCUAUUCUAGAUAUUAAAUAUUAAUUAUCACCGAAAACUUUGUAUGUUGCACCUAUUAUAGUAUAAAAAUUGAA